AUGAACGGCCUGUCUGGGACAGCCGCGGUCGGCUCUCUCGUCAACUACGUCUGCUUUCUUACCCUCUACGCCGGUUUCCUUGACGCAACGCUGCUGGCCUUUUUCAUUCUCGUUCGCAAUGGCCUUUUCGGCGGAACUACAGUCGAGAUAUGCAGGGGAGUUGCGGGGAUAUUCGUUGCCGCCGCAGUCAUUUUCCUACUUUUGCAGCUCCUCCAGCUCUUCCGACUUCGAUGGGCAAGUGUCGAAGCUACAGAAUGGAACGGGCCAGGACAAGUUCUUCUUCUGCCAUGCCGGACGACGCACACGAGACUCAGCCCGAAAAGUCACACAUUUUCUUACGCCUAUCUUGUCGUUGGAGUUCCUGUCGGCUACCGAGGUAACGCGGCCAACAUGGUUUCCGUCGGAGUCGAGCAACCAUCGGACUGGGCCUUAUGGUUCUCGUCGUCAUCACUACAAAAGGGAUGGUUCCACGUCGAUGCCUCUGACUAUUUGCAGCGCCAGGGCGGAGAGUUGACCCUGCGCGAGAAGCUCGAUAGUUACCUUCAAACUCAGGGCGUUGAUCCGGCAACAUAUCCUCACGCCUACUUGGUUACAGCAGCUCGAUUCCUCUGCUAUCACUUCAACCCUGUUUCCUUCUGGUACCUAUACGAUUCACAGAAUUCAUUAGCCGCCAUGAUCCUGGAAGUGAACAAUACCUUCGGUGAACGACACAUGUACUUCUUGAAAAGGGAUCAUGCACCGGGUAUUUUGAACUAUCACCUACAACACAACCUGGCGGAUUGUGAGAACCAGGACCCGGGUGCGAUUGAAGACCAGGCCUACGGAAUCCCCUUCACACAGGCAUGGCCAAAGGUUUUCCAUGUAUCGCCAUUCAACUCACGCAAAGGAUAUUAUUCCAUGAUAGCCACCGAUCCUUUAAGCCUUCGGAACAAUGGCAAACCAAUAGUCGAUGUCACCAUUAGACUUUCAACCUCGGAAGGCCACGACAAAUUGGUGGCCAGACUUCACCAUGAGGGCCCGGCCAUUGACCCGUUUUCCAUGACUACUUACCAGAAAGCCAGAUUCAUAGGAUCCUGGGGAUGGGUUGGCUUUGCUACUGCCCCCCGUAUCCUCCUGCAAGCUCGCGCGCUGUACUUUUACCGCCAGCUUCAUGUUUGGUUUCGUCCUGAGCCUUCCAAGGGGACCAUCGCCCGGAACGCCAAUCCCAUUGAGUCUCAACUGGAGAAAGUCUUUCGAAGGUUCUUGCGACAUCUGGUUGAAGGAGCAACUAUCCCCCUUGAAGUCAGCUACGUCGCGAGCGGAAUAGCCCAUGACACUGAAAGGAUGCUUUCUCAUAAGGCCACUGACGACAAGACCAGCAUUGAGACGCUUGAGUUCAAGGUCCUCACGCCUGCGUUUUACUCGAGAUUUGUGUACUAUGCACACGACAUAGAGGCCUUCUUCAGUGAGAUGGACGAAAGUUGCACCAUAUGGCUGUCCAACCCAAAGGUUUUACCGGCGCUGGCUCUGCGGAAAACAUUUCCACCGCCGUUGAGCGUCACGAAUCCCUGGGAAUUCUUCGCCUUCAAGUGCAUUCAACACCUGCGAAGACGACCCGACCCCAUCGAGAGGCCAUUGACCUCGAAUGCAGUCCCACGUACGAGACAAGCAGCAAUUGAUAUUCGAAACUUCCGUCCUUCGUUUAUGGACGCCUACGUCCUGACACACGAGGAUCCUGCCACUAAAGCUGCGUAUAAGGAGUGCGUCUUGAAACUGUUCUUCGCAGAGAGGAUUGCGUUCGGAUAUGUGUCGGUUCUCGAAGUCCAGCGAUUCGUGACAUUGGCAUGGUUUGCAUGGAUGCUCGCACGCCCCCCUUGGAGUAGCGGUUGCUAA